GUCGCGGCUUGUCAAAUGCCAGUUGAAUGCGGAGCAGAGAUUAUUAAUAGAAACAAUACAAUACAGAGUGAUGCCCGUGUAUACUUAAUAAGAAAACAAGAAUUGGUUUUGCAAUAUUAAAUAAAUCAUGACAACAAAAAUGAUAUAUUCAAAGAUUUAAACAUUAACAUUAUCAAGCUUAAUCGCAUAUAGAUAUACUUUAUAGAAAUAUAAAAAAGUGUAUUAGUAUAAGCAAUAAAUAUAUACUCUUUAAUGCUAAAAAUGUGUUAUAUCAAACAUGCUGUGUUUAAGGGGCAAUUCAUCAGUCUGCAAGUUGUUCAAUUAAAAACAAAACUUCUCAACGACGAGUCAUAAAUUUGAUUGUCUAAUACUAUCAGUGAAUCAAUAUUUUCAACGUAUUAAUUAAAAGUAAAAAUGAAACCUGUGGUAAUUUUGACAUCGUGUGGCGAGCAAAAGCCGGACAAAAUAGCGAGAGAUAUUCUUGUUAGCAAUGGAAACGCUAUAGACAAACCUGUAACCAUACCGUUUGGAUCAUCAACAUUUGUGACUUAUUUAUGCGAUCUUAAAACAAAAUAUUACGAAAACACCAUCGCUUUGUUACCUUAUGAGGGAGAUAUCCGUGAACUACCUGAAGAUCUUUUAAGUGCCACAGAAAUGUUAAUAGCUUACUUUGAUCCAUAUGAUAAAACUUUCAAAUCUCACUUAAGUGAAUAUUGCAAUUUUCUAACUAACAACGACAUUGAGUUGGGAUUAUUACUGACUAGCAAACUCUACGAUGAUGCUAAACAAGGCCUGACUUAUGGUACGGUGAAAGAAAGUUGUAAAUUUCAAUUUGAUGUAAUUGAAUUAUGUAAUGAUGACGAUGAUAGUGAGACAACGGGAUAUACGGAAGUUGUUGAAGUAUUAAAAAAUAAUGUAUGGUCAAACGUCACAGUUCCAGGUGCCAACACAGAGGAACUUGAUGGUGAUCUGGAAGAACAAUUGGAAGGCUUCGAAAAUUUAAUAACGAGCAUACAAAAUUUCAAAAGAAUUUCGAGUGGAAUGGAAAGGGAUCAAAGGCUUAAUGAGGCGGAAAAAUUAGCAGAUCUCUUUAUAAAAAUGAUGAGCGAAGAUAAAUAAUGUGAUAUCUAUGGUAUUUUGAUUAAGUUAAAUAUAUAUAUUUAAAAUAUACAACAUAUUCUGUA